AUGGUAACAACAGCACCUUCAUUGGUAGAACUAUGUUUCCUGACGAUUAUGGAAAAGAUAGAGUACAACAAUGACGAUCUUCAAAGAAUCCCAUUAAACUUGAUUGAAAAGAUGAUUGGAUUCAUGGUAUCAAAACUACAACCUUCCAUUGACGCGUCACUCCAAACUCGUCCUAUACGUAUCAAAUUGGUGAGACAGAAUCGUUGCAUCACCAUGAAAUUCUCUGUACACUCUAAUAUCGACAAGAUCAUUCAUCAAAUCUAUGAUCGUGUAGUCAAUGAAGAGAAACAUGACUUUUUAGAAAAGACACUUAGGACAAGACAACAAAAUAAUAAUAGUAAUAAUAAUAAUAAUAAUAAUAAUGGUCCAACCACUAACAACUCCUCUAAAAAUACAAGUAUAUCACCACCAGUAUCACCUGGUAGAUCAAAUCAACAAGAUUUAACAAGUACAACGAGUACUACAACAACAACAACAACUACCACUACAACUACAACGACAAAUAAUAAUAAUAAUACUACUAGUCCAAAUUUGGAGGAGUUGGAUAGUUUAAUUGAUAGUGAUGAUCAUGGAUUUAUAUCAUCAUGGGGAGAUAUAACAAAUUAUGGAUUAUUUCAACAAGUUGGUCAAUUUAGAAAUGCAAGAUGGUUAAACCUUGAUCGUACUUUGGCAGAUUAUGAUAUCGAUCCAAAUGAAACAUUAGAGUUUAAGAAUACAAAGAGUGUUUUAAAGAUUAAAUUUAAUGGACCGUGGGAACGUGUAGUACAUCCACUUCAUCAAUCGACCAUGUUGCUCGAUGAAACCAUCAAGACAUUUAUCGUGGACGAGAGCAAGACAGUCUCAGAGAUAUCUCGUGACCUCGGUCGUAAACUAUCACUUCGUUAUCCAGAAGAGUUGUCACUCAAGAGACAAUCGACAGAUGACCACGACCUCGGUAUUUGGUUGGUAUCGGAUCUUACUCUACCCGAACAAGGAAUAGAUCCACUCUAUUCCAUCUUUUUCCUCAAACGUCAAUUUUUCUACAGCAAGGAUGUUAUUAUCGACUUUUCAAUGGAUCCUGAUAUGUUGCAUUUUGUGUUUUGUCAAUGUUUGGAUGCCAUUAUUGACUGCAGUCAUCCGUGCUCUGUCAAUGAAGCCAUCCUCUUUGCAGCACUGCAAUGUCAAAUUUGUUUUGGAAACUAUCGGUCGGGUGUGGUCGACUCUCUCCGACUCAAAGAUUUCCUGCCGACAGAGUACAUUAGUCAAAAGAAUAUUCACAAGGAGAUCGUAUUGCAAUACCAAAGACUCAAUGGCAUGAGUGAACAAAAGGCUAAAUUAAAUUAUAUCCAAUUGGCAAAAUCACUCAAAACCUAUGGCUACACAUUCUUUAAAGUCGAAUCAACUACCACCAAAUCAUCAUCAUUUACAUCUUCCCUAUCUUCAAGUAAUAGUAAUAGUAAUUUUGUUUUAUUUGGUAUUUCUUCUGAGGCAAUUUUAAUUUUAGAUCCUGAAACUAAAAAUACAAUUCAUUUAUAUUCAUUGGCAAAUGUUAAAAAGUAUCAAGUUUUAAAUAAUGUAUUUUCAAUUGAUUUUGUUAGCAAAAAGGAAAAGUUUAUUUCAGUAGAAUCAGAAGCAAUUUCUUAUGUAUUGUCAUCUUAUAUUCAUUAUAAUCUAAGAAAUUCUCCUUCUGUUCAAAAACAAUGGGAUUUAAAUUAUAUCAAUAUUGCAAAAUUAACUGCAAGAAGAAGGUUAUCUUCAAGUUCAAAUACUUCAAUUAGUGAAAUUUUAGAAAAGAAAAAAGAAUCAGAAGGAGUAACAAGUAAAAAAUGUCCUUUAUAUAUUGAACCAAAGAAAUUAUAUUUAAAUCCAUUAUUUACUUUAUUAAAUGAUGAAUCAUCAUUGACUAAAAAGGAAUUAUUUAAAGAUACAAAGGUCACCAAGGUAAUGAGAGCAUUAUCUGAUCUAUCAUCAAAGAUGAUUCAAUCAUUUUCAAAUGGACGAUCAAAUAUGGGUAGCCAGGAAAGAGAUAUUGUAGUUAAAUUCUCUGAUAAAAAGGUAAAGACCUUUGUAGUAGAUGAAUCUAAAACUAUCUCUGAAAUCACACAAGAGAUAGGAAAUCGUGUGGGUAUUAAAAAUACAGAAGAAUUUUCUUUACAAAUUCAAGUUAAUUGUAAUAAUAAUAAUAAUAAUAAUAAUAAUAAUAAUAGUAGUAAUAAUAAUAGUUUAAAUAUUUUAAAUUCACCACUUUAUAAUGUAAUUAAUAAUAAUAUAAAUAUCAACAACAAUAAUAAUAAUGUGAAUAAUAAUAAUAAUAAUACUAAUACUAAUAAUAAUAAUAAUAAUAAUAAUAAUAAUAAUAAUAAUAAUAAUAAUGUAAUUAAUAAUUUUGUAAAUAAUAAUAGUAAUAAUAAUAAUAAUAAUAAUAAUGGAUUUUAUGGUAAUAAUAGUUGGAUAGCAGGAUCAAUGGGAGAUGAAUUAUCAGAUGGUAGAUGGUUAAGACCUUAUGCACCAUUAAAAGAUCAAGGAGUUACGCAGGAUGCCAAGUUUAUGUUUAAAAAGAAGUUUUAUACAGAUUCGACAUCAGAGUCUGAUUGUAAUAGUGAUCCAGUCUAUUUCAAUCUUUUAUUUUUCCAAUCUCGUGACGCCAUCAUUUCAAACACCUAUGCCUGUUCAAUGGAGGAAUCAAUACAGUUGGCUGCCACACUGUUCCAAAUCAAUUUCGGUGACCACAAUCCAACCAUUCACAAGUCUGGUUUUCUCAAGGCACAGGAUCUCAAGUUCUUUUUGCCAUCGGAUUGUCUAGAGUUGUGGGGAAUGAGUUUCCAAAAGAUUGAAAAGAUUAUCUACAAGGAACAUCGUAAUCUUCGUGGCAUCAAAGAGGUCUAUGCCAAGUUUAGAUAUGUACAAUUGUGUCGAUCUCUUAAAACGUUUGGAGCCACCUUUUUCACCGUCAAACAAAAAGACAAAAACCACAACCCUCUGCUCCCAUCCAACAGCUCACUUUUACUUGGCUUUGCUAGAAAAUGUAUCCUCAUUAUGACCGUCAAGACGAGAAAGCUACUGUUGGAGUUCCCCUUGUCACAUCUAAGAAAGUGGUCAUAUAACCGUGAUCAACAAACAUUUACUCUGGAUUUUGGAGAUUACACCCAAGGUAUUUUUGUACUUCAGGCACCAGAGGCAGAAGACAUCUCGUUAUACCUAAGUGAUUAUAUUGAUUAUCUACAAACUAAAAUGUAUGGUAGUCAAUCAUUUUCUAAAAUCAUUUUAGGUAAUUAA